CCCGCACCAUGCCCGAGCCGGCGGCCGCAGCUCAGGACGGCGACCGGCCCCGGCGGGCCCCGGCCGGGGAGGAGCGAACGGAACCGGCGGCCCCCACCGGCGUCCUGGAUAAACUCUUCGGGAAGCGGCUGCUCCAGGCCGGGCGUUACAUCAUGUCCCACAAGGCCUGGAUGAAGACGGUGCCCACCGAGAACUGCGACGUGCUCAUGACCUUCCCGGACACCACGGACGACCACACGCUGCUGUGGCUGCUGAACCACAUCCGCCUGGGCAUCCCCGAGCUCAUCGUGCAGGUCCGGCACCACAAGCACACGCGGGUCUACGCCUUCUUCGUCACCGCCACCUACGAGAGUUUGCUGCGGGGGGCGGACGAGAUCGGGCUGCGGAAGCCGGUGAAGGCGGAGUUUGGGGGCGGGAUGAGGAGCUUCUCGUGCGAGGAGGAUUACAUCUACGAGAACAUCGAGAACGAGCUCUACUUCUUCACCUCUCAGGAACGGCAAAACAUCAUCAGGUACUGGCUGGAGAACCUACGGGCCAAGCAGGGAGAGGCCCUGCACAACAUCCACUUCCUCGAGGGACAGCCCAUCAUCCCGGAGCUGGCGGCCCGGGGGGUCAUCCAGCAGGUUUUCCCGCUGCACGAGCAGAGGAUCCUCAAGCGGCUGAUGAAGUCCUGGGUGCAGGCGGUGUGCGAGGCCCAGCCCCUCGAUGACAUCUGUGACUAUUUUGGGGUGAAAAUCGCCAUGUACUUCGCCUGGCUGGGCUUCUACACCUCGGCCAUGGUGUAUCCCGCUGUCUUCGGCUCCAUCCUCUACACCUUCACCGAGAGUGACCAGUUGGUUCCCUCCGUCCCUCAGACCAGCCAGGACAUCUCCUGCGUGGUCUUUGCCAUCUUCAACGUCAUCUGGGCCACCCUGUUCCUGGAGGAGUGGAAGCGCCGGGGGGCCGAGUUCGCCUACAAGUGGGGGACCCUGGACACCCCCCCCGAGUCCAUCGAGGAGCCCCGGCCCCAGUUCAGGGGCAUUAAGAGGAUCAGCCCCGUGACCAGCGCUGAGGAGUUUUAUUACCCACCCUGGAAGCGGCUGCUCUUCCAGUGCCUGGUCAGCCUGCCCGUCUGCCUCGCCUGCCUCACCCUCGUCUUCCUCCUCAUGCUCGGCUGCUUCCAGCUCCAGGUGGGUCCUUGUCCCGCCCCUGCUCCGUGGUGACCCUGUCCCUGUCCU